AAAUUAUGUCACAAUGUAGGAAGAAUAAAAUGUAUUAACCUUCCGAUUUGCAUCAGAUGCAAAUCCCUCUGUUUGGUUACAUUGCACGGAGCUGGAUAGCUUUACUGGCUUCACAUGUAAGCUCUCUACAAGCGAAGAAGACACCAAAACGGAAAGUACAAAGAUUAAAGAUGGACUUUCAAACUUAUGCCGCACUUAAUGGGUCCCUCGCUGUUCUUAACACGAUGAUUAUUGCAUUUUACAUUUUUUGCAUGAUCCGUCCACUGCACGGAGAAAAGAUCAAGCAGCCUCUGAAGCUUCUCCUGUGGACUUUGAUUGGCUGUACCAUAACUUACCUUUUGUCAGGUGUUGUGGCCUUCUUUUCUCAAAUAUCAGCUGUCAGCUCCAAGAUAAACCAAAUAUUUGAUCUGCUGAUGAUCUGCAGUGUUUCCACCAGCAUGACCUCCUCAGUCUGGCUGAACUUCUUCUACAACAGCCAGAUUGUACCUGCACACAGUGCUCUCUUCAUCUGGAUUAAAAACAAUGUCAAAUCCAUCAUCUACGGCUUUUGGAUCACUGAAAGGAUUUACAGUCUGCUUGACUUUACUUCCAUGUUUUUACUCUUUACUAAUAUUGAUGUAUCUUUAAUCAGCAACAAUCUCACGAUGGUUGAUGACAUGUCUGAGAACAAUUUCUAUGAAGAGAUGUUUUGGAUUGUGUUUUUCACACUGAAGGCCCACUUUGUGUUCUGUCUGUGUGUGAUGGUGAUGUCCAGUGGUUCUACUGUACUCUACCUGUGUGGACACAUGCGUCACAUGGCAGCAAACGGACAACCUGCGUCCAGUCCCAGGUUUAGGAAUCAGGUGAGAGUCACCGUCACCGGCCUCCUGCAGGGAGUUCUGUAUGUUUUCUCUGCCUCUUGGACUAUUCACAGUACUUUUCAAAAGGAUGGUAUUAUAUACAUCGGUUUUACAAUGAUCGAUUCCACUGUGAUUAACUUGUACAUGUCAGCCACUUUGUUCAACCUGGGAGCUGGUCAGGCUGUAUUCAGGCAGCGAGCAGAACACAUCUGGCUUAGAGCAGCUCAGUGCUUCAAAGCACCUCAAGUACAACAGACUGAUCAAGGAGCGUGAUACUGACGCUCCAGCCAGAAGACCAGGGCUCUGCUGAGAGGAACCGAACACACGCAAGAAUCUACAUGGAUGCAAACUUCACCUGACGCUUGGAAUAUUGAUAUAGGAGGUCAGAGCUACUUACAUGUUUUGUGUAAAUAUGCAUCUAUUUAUUCAUGUGAAUAAUUUAGGUUUUUAUGUCAUAUACAGUCAGAUGAUCC